GUCGACGUUGGAAGUAUAUCCGCGGUGCUUGAAAGCUCGGGGCUCGCCAUUUUUGGGUUCCCCACCCGCGACUUUUGGGAGCUUGGCGUCACGUCAGCAGUCAGGACGGCACUCGUCUCGCGUCGCUCUGCUAGCUCGGGUAGCAAACUUGUUAGUUUCGUGAGAAAAGUCAUAAAAAAAAAGCCGCCACCAUGGACGCGAUCAAGAAGAAGAUGCAAGCGAUGAAGCUUGAGAAGGACAAUGCGAUGGACAAAGCGGAUACCUGCGAAGGUCAGGCGAAAGAGGCGAAUAUGAGAGCCGACAAAGUUCUGGAGGAAGUCGGUGAUUUGCGCAAAAAGUUGCAACAAGUUGAAGCCGAUCUUGCCACCAACAGGGGUAACCUUGAACAGGCUAACAAGGACCUCGAAGAACGCGAAAAGUCUCUGACCAACGCCGAGUCCGAGGUCGCUGCUUUGAACAGAAAAGUUCAACUGAUCGAGGAGGAUCUUGAGCGUUCGGAAGAGCGUUCCAACACCGCCUCGACCAAACUCGCCGAGGCUUCUCAAGCUGCUGAUGAGUCGAGCCGUAUGUGCAAAGUAUUGGAGAACCGUGCUCAGCAAGAUGAGGAACGAAUGGAUCAGCUGACGAAUCAACUCAAAGAAGCCCGUCUCCUUGCUGAAGACGCUGACGGAAAAUCCGACGAAGUUUCUCGCAAGUUGGCCUUCGUUGAGGACGAACUCGAGGUUGCUGAAGACCGUGUUAAGUCUGGAGAAGCUAAGAUCAUGGAAUUGGAAGAGGAACUCAAGGUCGUUGGUAACAGCUUGAAAUCCUUGGAAGUGUCGGAAGAAAAGGCAAACCAAAGAGUCGAAGAAUUCAAACGGCAGUUGAAAACUCUGACCGUCAAGCUAAAAGAGGCCGAGGCUCGUGCCGAAUUUGCGGAGAAGACAGUAAAGAAAUUGCAGAAGGAGGUUGACAGGCUCGAAGACGAGCUUGGAAUCAACAAGGACAGAUAUAAGUCCUUGGCGGACGAAAUGGACUCGACCUUCGCGGAAUUGGCAGGAUAUUAAAAAAAAAAGACGAAAAAUUGUCAACUCCUCUGUCUACACACAUAUAUUUAUAUAUACAUAAAUUCACGUAUGCAAAAGUUAUACUUCUGUUCACCGAACACAGUUUGGUAUAUUCGGAAUGUAUAACUUAACACGAAUGGACCUACGUAAACACAAAAAGGGAAAAUGAAAGAAAAUAUUUGAAGAUAAAGGAACAAAUGGAACGAGAACUAUUCUGAUGAUAAACAAAUGGAUGGCAUAUUCAAUAUAUAAUGUAUACAAUAUAUUAUGUAUACACAUACUAUAAAUACACUGUCCACUUCCCUCACAUUGUACGUUGUUCAUGACACAGAAAAACUACACACACACGUAACUAUUGCGAUAAAGAAACAUAUAUCUUACUAUAAAAAACAAUUGUACGAAAUGUUAUAUGGAAAGUGUAAUAAAAAUCGAUAUAAGUGUUUUGAAAAAAAGAAUGAAACAAAGCAAUACUAAAAGAGCAAAAGUAAAA